UUGUAUUUAUCGUUCCCAGCUCUACAAUGAUAUAAAGAAUGACAAUAUAACAGGACUACACAUCUAUAGAGUGAAAGACAUCCCCGAAAAGUAUCAUCUGAAGAAGGCUCCUCGGAUCGGUCCUCUCUACUUGAAUACUGAACCCCGUUAUUUCAUUAAAGCGUUACAAGAUCCUACUAAGAGAGUGGCAGAUACAUAUUAUCAGUAUUAUGGUGAGCAUGGUUACGAUCCAGAGACAGACAGGGAUAUGAAAGCCACCUUCAUUGCAAUGGGACCAGAUCUGCGUGGUAAUUUAAAACCUCAACCUUUCGAUAUCAUCGAUAUCUACAAUCUAAUGUGCCACUUGUUGAAGAUCGAGCCUCUACCCAACAAUGGAACAUGGGAGCAUGUAGAGCCAUUGCUCAGAACAGCCAAAGAUCCACCCUUUCAUCAUUCUUCUUCUGCCUCUCAUCAUCCAAUCCUGAUACUCAUCAUCAUCAUGGUUGCUGUUCUUUUCCCUCUUUUUACAAAGACUGUAUUGUAAAUUAUCUAUUUUAUAUAUCUUAUUUUUCAUA